CCGUCGCAGGCGGCUCCGGACAUGGCUCCCCCCGCCGGCCCCGCCAAGCCGCUGCUGUCGCUGAGCCCGGAGAAGGACGACGAGUUUCGGAGGGAGGUGGCGCGGAUCCGUCAGCGCGCCAAGGAAACGCAAAACCAACAGUCUGAAAAACUUACUCCCGGAGUGAUCUAUGUGGCCCACUUACCACCCGCACUUUAUGAAACUCAGCUCAUCCAGUACUUCUCUCAGUUUGGCACCGUCACGAAACUCAAACUGUACAGAAGUCCAAAGACUGGAAAUAGCAAAGGAUAUUGCUUCGUGGAGUUUGAAUCAGAAGAUGUUGCCAAAAUAGUUGCUCAAACAAUGAACAACUAUCUUUUUGGUGAAAGAGUCUUAAAGUGUCAUGUUGUGCCGCCAGAAAACGUACAUGAAGUACUUUUUAGAGAAUGGUAUAAGCCAUUUAAAGGGCCAUCAUUUCUAGCAGUAAAACGGUAUAAUGAGGACCGGGAUAUUAUUCAAAAGCUGCGGAUGCAGAAACGAUUUAUGAAGAAAGAAAAAUUACUCAGAAAGAAGUUGGCAAGAAAGGGAAUUGAUUAUAGUUUCCCGUCUUUGGUCAUACACACAGAGGCUUCCAGCUCUGAAGAACCUGCAGAGACCAAGGCACUUCAAAAUAAAAGGAAGAGCAAGAAGAGGACAAACAAGAAGAGGACAACGGUGGUCAUCAGUCCUGAAACUUCUGAAAACACUGUGGAUAGCCAGGGCCCCACACCAGUUUGUACACCAACAUUCUUGGAGAAACGAAAAUCAGAAGUAAUUAACAUGAAUGAUGAUGACGAUGAUGAAAUCGUUUUCAAACAGCCUGUAUCUGAAGUAAAAGAAGACACACAAGCAUCUCAGAUGCCUACACGUUCAAAGAGAAAAAGACAGAAAAAAAGCAAUCAGUGAUCCUGAAUGUGUUGUGUAUAGUGUUGUAGGAAAUGUUUUCAUUAUGAGAACUGAUUUAUAAAUGUAUGUAUAAUUUGGUACAGCCACCUAGAAAAUUUUUGGAGGAAAAAUCUGUUGGUUAAUGUUAGUAAGGAAAACAGUUAUUUGGGCUUAACCAAAUGGACCAGAAAGAUAGAACAAUAGUACAGGAGUACUUGCCUUGAAUGUGAUUGGCUCCUGUUCCAUCCUUGGCAUCACAUAUGGUCCCCUGAACACUCCAGGUACAAUUCAAAAACAUACUGAAGAAUAAGACAUGCAAAAAUGAAAUGCAAGCUUGCAUAUGAACUUUCAGUACCGAAUUCAUGCUGCCUCUCUGUCCUCAUCUUUGGGAUUUUGUUGUUGGUUUGGUGUGUUGUUCUGUUGGGGUUUGGUCUGUUUGGGUGCCACGCCUAGCAAUGCUCAGAGGUUACUCUUUGCUUUGUACUCAGGAGUUACUCCUAGUGGUGUUCAGGGACCAUAUAGGACCAUGCCGGGGAUUGAGCCCAGGUCUGACUCUGUGCUUAGGAAUCACUCUUGGAAGUGCUCCUGGAAUUAUAUCUGAUUUUGGGGGUGAAAUCAGGUUGGACUAUACAUACAAGACAAGUACCGUACCCACUGUACUCUCACCUGGCUUCAUCUCUGUUUU